AUGAUGAAGGCAAUUAGGAUACUGAAGAAAAAAACCAAACCUCUUCUGACUACAGUUGAGAUUCCAUCAGCAGGCCCAGGCCAAAUCCUUGUGAAAAUGGAAUACAGUCCUAUUAACCCUCAUGAUAUAGGCUCCAUAAUGGGCUUCAAAAAGCAAUCCCAAGUUUUUCCUCUGACAUUAGGGGUAGAAUUUUUAUUAAGUUGUCAAGAAGCGAAUUUAACCAUUAGCCGUUACCUUGCCUGACUCCAAAAAGCCAGUCUCCAAAGAUCUCGCAGCUCAAAUUAGAAAUUGAAGGCUGCCUUAUGGAUUUCCGACUAAACCACCUGUCCAAAAGAUUAGCUCUCUAAUGGCAGAGCCAUCUGGAGAUCUCCUAUAGCCCCAAUAAGAAAAGCCAUGUGGUAGGUAAAGCCUGUCUAGCCCAUCUAACAAAGACGGAAACCUUAGGAGGAGAAACAAAACACACUGUUUCGGCAGGCUUCCUUUUGAGAUGGUCUACUUAGCUCACGAAGAGUAUACCUUCGCUAUCUAUCACGCGGUCCAUCAUUUUAUUUUAAGGGUUGAAGGCAUUGGAAAAAUCGAGUCAGUAGGCAAUGGGGUAUCUUCAAGUUGGAUUGGAAAAAGAGUAGCAUGUAUUGCAAGCUCUGGUACUUGGGCUGAGUACUGUAUUGCAAGCUACUGAAAUCAAAUACCAGAAAACUUGGAUCCUCAGGUUGGAUCUUGUAUAUCAUUGGCACCUUUAACAUCAAUUUGCCUCCUAAAAGAGCUUGAAGGCCAUCAAGCAUUUUUCUUAUCAGCGCCAACUUCAACUAUAGGAAAACAAACGAUUGCCCUAGCAUUAAAAAACGGGAAGACUCCUGUUUGCAUUACUAAUAAAGAAGAUGUUGGAAAUGUUCAAAGCUCAAUCGUGAUUGAUCAUUCUGAUAGGAGCAGAAUUGAAGAGUUAUCAAAGGAGCAUAACGUUUUAAGAGCAGUUGACCUAGUUGGAGGAAAAAUGGCGACGCUAAUGCUAAACUCUCUUCAAAGGUAUGGAAAACUUAUAUCUGUCGGAAAUUUGUCAUAUACAUUAAAAUGAGGAAUAAGCCCUUUUCUUAAUACCUGUAGCUGGCAUCCCACAGGACGGUUGGGACCUCGUGGAAGGGAAAUUAGCUCUAGGAUUGUUUAUAGGCCAGGUUUUACUUGGUUUGGUGGAGCGGAAUGCUGAAUUUGGUCAACCUCAGCUCAUUCCAGGUCAAUGUUUUUACCUCUUGAGGAAAUGAUAUUCAGAGUUGGAAAUGAAAGCUCAGCAGAGGUAAGGGCUACUACUUUGUCCAUCGGGCUUUUUUCCAGCGCGAUACUGGGCAUUGCGUCCCAGACUUUGGAUUUCCAUUUUAGUAGACAGCCCGACCAGAAAAUUCGACCUUUGAAUUUUCGGAAAAGGCAACUUAGUUGGCGUACGGCGUGGUUGCCACAACUCAUCCGACUACAGGUAGCUAGUGCACAUCCUCGUCUGUACGAGCAAAGCUUUGAAGGCCGUAAGACGGUUGAUGGCAAGCAGCCGAGCAAAGCGUUAGGGGUGGAGGCAGACCCUUAGGUGGGAAUUACUGUGAACUGUUAUAUAUGUAAUUAAUGCUAAUGGGUAAAUUUGUCAAUGGAAACUAUAGAUGUCGAUCCAAGGCAGUUUAUUUUCAAAAGAAAAGAAAUUAUUGGCUUCAAUUUAUAUCACUAUUUACCGCAGUAUGAACAGGAAGGGCUUAGUAGAUUGAUUUAUGAAAACAUUGAAAUGUUUAAGCCUAAAAUAUCCAAUGUUUUCAACUUGAGCAACUAUAUUCAAGCAUUGAAAUAUUACUUCGCAAAUUUUCAUGAGGGUAAAGUAUUGAUAAAAGUGGAAUAA